CGUGCUAAAUUUGAGAAAACUGACUAAUUACAAAUUUUCACGGUAAUGACACUUGGCGCUAGUGUCAUUAUUUCAAGGAUUCAAGGCUAGGUUUAGGGCUCCAUUUUUCUUACACACACUUUAAAACUUGCAUUUGUAUGUAUACGUCAUCGUAUAUGCUCAUUCUAAAGUACAUAUUAUAUACCAUUUUGUUAUUAAUUUUGAUAAUUGGUGUUUAAAAACAUUUUUGAGGAAUUCGAGAAUGGCCAGUUUCUUGCAAGAAAGAAUAGAUUCAUAUGCUUUUAUAAACUCAUCAUCCAAUAAUGGGCUUGCGAACCGUUUCGGAAGAGAAAUGCAAAUAAAAUCGAAGCAUAAUGCAGAAUGUUUAUUUGGAAAUACAAAAAUCUCAACUUUCAAGCCACACGUUAAAAUUCCCGUCUCAACGGUUUAUUUAAUCGACAUAUGUAAAACUUUAAUAGCUGAGCUCAGGGAUCAUUGCAAAGUUGCAAUGGAAGUUACCGACUUGAGUACAUUAAUCAUUGUAACCGUUCUUCAAAUAGAAGCAAAAGUGAGAAUAGCGACAAAAUCCAGUGCUUAUAACACAUUUGAUGGUGAACUUGACUACAGAGUGGAAAGAACAAAAGAUUCCCUUCCAGUGUCGUUGUUUCCUUUAUCGUUCUACAUCGAUCAAAUUGGUAAGGUUGAUAUCCAAGGCCAAACAAUUGUACCAGAGCUCAUUGACCUCAAAUACGAAAAUAUAUCGAAAUAUGCAGAGAGAGCGGGACUGACGAUUUUACCGUCUAAUGUUAUAUCGUUGCCGGAAGGAAAUUCUCUAACUGGAGCCAAUCAGUGGGUGCGCAUUCUUAAUAAAUCUGGUGCAAUCGAGAAGGGAAUUAUUGAGCCAAAAGACAGUGGAUUUUCAUUAACAAAAGAGUUUAUUGAAAAUCCAAACAACUUCAACUGGAUUGGUAUCCUAUUCAUCGAACCACCUCGGAAUGUCGUAUCUGAUUUUAAGGAACUGAACAAUCGAUACUUUAAUUUUAUUGAUAGGAUCAAUGAGAAGCUUCUGAAUGCUUUCGCUGAAGUGGAUUACCAUGAGGCAAAGGGAACAGCAGCACAAUUGGUUACUUCUAAGUUUCUUAAUUUCGAUCAAAAUAUUACAAUGUAUAAAGUAUGGAGUACACGAUUUGUCGAUGAUCAUUCACUUGAAGUUGGUGGAUUACUUCGUUUUGGAUUUGAUUUAGAAGAUUCUGACGUCUCGCGAUCAGGAGAAUUUAGAUGCUGCGAAUCAUUUAUUGAGGCUCAGUCGCCACUGAGGGAGUUUGUUCAAAAAGUGUUUAAAUAUUUGCGUAAAAAUUUAAUACAAAGUAGUUGAUAAUUUAUGCAUUCAUAACUCAAGUAAAUAUUAAAUUAAACCCACAAAUUCGCGAUCUUUUGAGUUGUCAUUGUUGUUUUUUUCAAGUUUUGUAAUUUGGAAAAUGUAUAUUUUCAUCAAUGAAUAUUUUAUAAAUAA